GGGUGAAGAUAGAGGAUCGUGAUGGUCUUACCAACAAUAGUCCCGAUGCUUAUCGGAAAUGCUGAUAAGCCAAGAUGAUCCACCCGAUUGGGUGCAUGAGCAUUGUGCAAGAUAUGCACAUGCUGAGUCAUGUGGACUUAUGCAGCUCUCGCUUCUCUACUUCCGUCUUCUCCAAACAUUCUUCCUCAAUGCAUGGCGAUGAUGGAAAUGGCGCAAAUGAGCCCUGAGGCCCAUCUGCCCAUCCCUUACGGAUUAGUUACGGCCGAAUCGGCCCUCCAAUGUCAGAUCCGGCCUCGACACCUCACACCUCCUCGUAAUCAGUCCGAUGGGGUUGGGUGUGGAUCUGGUGGAUCUCAAACUACUUACCGUCCGGCACCGGCCUUGUUCAUCGCUCGUUUUCUGGUUCUCGUCUCAUUCUCCGCGGCCAAAAUGGACCUUCUUUUCGCUCUAUUUCUCAUCGGGGAUUUUUUCUCCCUUUCUUUUUUUGUAUUUCAUUUUAUUAUUAUUCGCCUCUCGCCUAAUCAUCAUUAUCAUUCCUAGAUGGUAUAGUCUGAUUUUAGGGGAUUUUUGUAUCGUCUUUUUUUUUUUUUUCUCUCUUAUCCACUAUACCAGAAUGCGCCGGACCAGAACAAGCUUGCCUUGGGAGGCGAACAAGGACUGGAAUUCGAAGUAGACUUCCUCUGCUCCUUACGUCUUUCUCCCGUGUCUGCCAUUUCACUUUCUGUUCCCUGGUUAUACCUCACUCUGACUCCCCGCGGAAAUAUCCCUUCCCGGCCCCGUGCAACUAUUUGCAGCCAGCGAGACUGUUGCCCUGUGCUU